AUGGGGCCCCUGGGCAAUAGGGGAUCAUGGGGCCCCUGUGUCCUUGCCCAAACUCAAAAAAGCCUAUGAAAAAGGUACCAGGGGCAUCUCAUGGGGCCCCCUACUGACCCCGGGCCCUCGGGCAGUGCCCGAGUUUCCAAAUGGUCAGUCCGCCCCUGUGGACAGAGGUCUCCUGUUCAUAUAUACACGGAUUGGAUGUGGUGUGAAAUAACAUUGCUUCCUAGGGUUAGUUUCUCAUGGUGAAUUGUUUUAGGUUGUUGGGAAAUCUCAAAGGACAAUAAAUCCCUUUUUUAAGGAUUGUUGGGAUUUAUGUGCUA